AUGGUGUUAUCAUAUGCUGGCAAGAAAUGGAAGGAUUUCAAGUCUACAUUAACGAGGCAUCAUAUCCUUCCAUUCAUCAAUGAGAAGGAGAAGUUAAGACAACCCCCUGAAUUAUAUAAAUUCAUAGAGAAAGCAGACUGGGAUGCCUUUGUAGCUUCAAGGUUAUCCGAACAAUUUGAGUCUGUCUAUGCUGAACAAGCACAGAUGAGAGAGAAAUGCGAGUACAAUCAUCGAUUGUCUCGAAAAGGAUAUGUUGGUUUGGAGGAUGAUUUGGAAGAAAGCACGCCAGGGGAUGAAUUGCAAAAACAAGUCAGUGAAGGCACUCUUACUGUCUCUAGAAGUAAUGAUGUGUUGACUAUGGCUUUGGGUCCCGAGCAUCCAGGGAGAGUUAGAGGUGUUGGGGCUGGGAUUUCCACUAGGCAAUACUUCAAUUUACCUAGACAACAAAGAGUAAAGUUUGCCGAUCAAUUAAAGGAAAGUGUAAGAGAUGUCCUUAAAGAAGAGACCUUGAAGAUGGAGGCUAGACCCAAGCAAUUGGUAGAAGCUGAGAGGGAUAAUUUGUUGAAUCAGUUGUGCCAACUAAUUCCAAAUUUUGAUCCAAGCGUGCUGAAAUUGACAACUAUCCAAGGUCCUAAGCAAAGUCCCAAAAAUCCAAUGUCAGAUAAAGCAAGCUGCUCUGGGGCGCUGGAUAUCAGAGUCCUCAAUUUUGAGGAUAAUAAUGCCAAAGUUGGAUAA